AUGGUCGGUCGCUAUCCCGUGAUUGCCUUUCUUUUGGUUUCACUGCUGUGGGGAAGUUGCCUCUGCUCGGCCUUGGACCGUUCGGCAUCGCCUGCUUUGACACAGGCCGUUAAAGACAAAGUUUCCGAGCCCGUGAAAAGGCCGCCGUCUGCAGAAGCAGCCGAUAGGCCAAUCCCUCAAGUGAAGGCUAGCGAGGGAAUACGAGAACAGAGGCUGCCUGCGCGCCCUCUCUUGAAGAGGCCUAAGACGUGGGCUGUAUUGUUUGCUGUUCUGGGACUCGCCCUGGCCCUGGGAUACUCCGCGACCGCUCUCAACACUGCGCAUGAACCGGACACCGUAGAUGAAGACAGCAGCGACGAGGAGGACGAAGACAUAACCUGGAAAUCAGGAAGAACUGCGACAUUUUACGAUGUAAUUGACGGGCCAUCAAGCUCCAAGGAGUCUCAGCCGCUUCUCAAGAAUGAAAAGGCCAAAAGUCCGGUGUGUUACUAG